CUUGGUCAACCUCGCUUCACGAUGAAAUUUGCAAAAGCUGCCAUAGACCCCCGCGCUUCUACACAUCAAUUCAAUAAUCCCAAUAACCAAAAUCUUGCAACACAAACUUAUUCGACAAUUUAAAGAGUCACUCGAUUAUUUCACUAGUUAAUUAACACAAGGUAAAUUCUCAUUUCCGUGUGAUGAAUAGUGAAUUGAGCUGACCAAGCUUAAAAGGUCCUUCUAAUUCGCAAAUUUACCAACAAUCAAAAGCCUCGCCCACCCCCUUCAAUAACGGCCAGCGCAACGUCGCAAUCCAAUGGAACCCUAUGAAACUUAGGCUCUGAUGCCAUGGAACAAAAUGGAGCCAACAAUGGGCAGGAUGCAAAGCCACCGGCAUCAUCUGCAGCUGCUGGCGCAAACAAGAGCCCGAAGAAGAGGCGUAAAGUAAAUCAUGGUAUGCAGAAGUUUCCCAAGGGAACCAACGACUUCCAAGUUUGAAUUACAUGAUCUGAAACAUUGGCUAAUUGUGGAACGUCUUCUGCAGCUUGUGUAUACUGUCGGCGAUCUGUGAGUACUCGAUUGGGUCAUACUACAAGGGGGUUGGACGGAUGUUUGCAUACCGUUAUGCGUGACAUUGAAAUGCCAGUGGCCAACAGCUAAUUCGGUCUUGUCCCUGAGCAGCACAUGACAUGCGAUUUAGUACGACCUUGCGCGAGGUGCACAAAGCGUGGAAUUGGGCAUCUUUGUCAUGAUGAGCCCCGCGAACCGGAGUCGACCACGAAGAAGGCAGGCGCGAAAAGUCAGCAGCAUCACCAUAACCACAACGCUGCAGCAGGAACAGCGGAAGAGUUGGGAGGGACACCGCCAGAUCUUAAGCUCCAAAAUUCUCUUGACAAUAGUCUAAAUAGCUCGUUUGUUACGGGGGAACAACGGCAGCAACAACAGCAAGGUCAAGAUCAAGAUCAAGUUCAAGAAAAUAAACUGAGUCUUGGAGCACCAGCAAUAUCCCGCGGUGUCCCUCUUCAGCUAGCCCAGCCUACACCGGUUUCUAGGAUACAAGCGAAUGCUUUGAACAGUAGCAGCAACAAUCAAUGUAUGAUCCUUUAUAUUCUCCUAGUUUUCUUCUUAUGUCUCCGAGAUUACUCUGAAAUAUUGGGCAGGUAUUAAUCCUUUUUCGUUAUAGUUCUUGGGUAUCCAAAUGACUGGCUUGGGUCGCAAAACCAAUUUCAAGAUAUGCAUAACUACCAUCCAUCGUACAUGUUCAACGCACCGGAAGUCACCAACGAGUACAAUCUUUUGAACGAUUUCCUCAAUAACAGUCUUCUAGACGACGGAGCUCUAGGUACAGAAGAUACUUCGAAUUUUUAUACCGAUCAAGCUGGUUCAAUGUUAUCAGGAGUUAAUGCCAACACGCUCACAUCAGGAGCGCAACAAGCUUCAGGUAGUGGUCCAACAGGAGGUCUAAAUCCACCAGGAAAUUCGAUUUCGAGACCAGCGAGCGUCAUACCGAUUGAUAAAGCCCGCGAGUACUACCUUCAGGCGGCCGAUCCUACUGGUAACGAUGUCCCCGAAGUUAGAAUGCAACUGUUGUUAAGGGCAAAGUACGACGCCGGAAUGUUGAAGCCUUUCAAUUAUGUUAAGGGGUAUGCGAGACUUUCGGCUUAUAUGGAUGGCCAUAUGCAACCGGCUUCAAAGCAAAAAAUACUCCGGCAGUUGGAUCGUUUCAGACCGAAGUUCAGGGAAAAGGUGCAGGCGUUGACGGAUAUUGAACUCAUUUACGUGGAGAUGUGGUUUGAACGGAGUUUGAUGGAAUACGAUCGAGUUUUUGCAAGUAUGGCGAUUCCAGCUUGUUGUUGGAGGAGAACGGGAGAGAUAUUUAGGGGAAAUAAGGAAAUGGCUGAGUUGAUACAUGUUCCCAUUGAAAAAUUACGGGAUGUAAGUUAUUUUCAAGAUUUUAUUCUCAUUCACACUCGCACUCGCAACUCAAACACUCUUGGCAAAGACAAAUACGGAGGAUACUGCAAUUGUGGCUUUUUUUUUACUUCGGAAACUUCUUCUAACGGCUGAAAUUGCUAUGAGUAGGGAAAAAUAGCGCUCCACGAAAUCCUGACGGAGGAAUCGCUAGUUAAUUAUUGGGAGAAAUUUGGAGCGAUAGCUUUUGAUUUGAGUCAGAAAGCACUCUUGACGAGUUGUUCCUUAAAGAAUCCAGAUGAUAAGAGCAAAGAUCCGACGAUCAAAUGUUGUUUUUCGUUCAAUGUUCGGAGGGAUGAACACAAGAUGUGAGUCGAGUUUCUAUUAUUUUCCUUUUUUUGGGUCUUUUUCUCGGUUUCCCAAGGAAGGUUUUGAUGGAGAGGUGAGGAGAUUGAGACGGUGAUUGAUGAGGGGAUGGAAACGCAAAUUAUUUGAAGAGCGAGCAGUCUUAAGGCCAACAACUAACGAUUAUUCUUAAAUAGCCCUUCUCUAAUCGUUGGAAACUUUUUACCCCAAGACCCUAUUAGGCGAUAAUACUCUAAACUAUGGUAUUGAAGGCAAGAAUGAAAGACGGAGACACAAGAAAGCCCGAUCUUUUCUAGUAUUUAAUAGAUGAGUACGUACAUACAUACAUGACAUGUGAUUGGAAUUUGCUAUCGGGAAAACGGAAUUGAAUUUCCUCGUCAUCUUCCUCUUCUUCUUUCAGGAAAGGUAAACGAAAGGGAAAUGGAAUGGCAUGGAAUGGAAAGGCAUGCAAUGGAAAGGGGAUAUAGGAGAGAGGAGGAAAUUCCACGGAUGGAUGGGUCAACGGGAGGCCGGGGAGUUUUGGGCGGUUUGGAUGAGAUUGUUGGCUUGGGUUUGGGUUAAAAAUAGGCUUCUUUAGGUUAAAUGUGUAAAUUUCUCCCGAAGCAUCAAAAGCUUCCUUCACUUUUCAACACCGUCUUUCAUAAUCCAUGAGUCAUCCGAGGAAGCGAAUAAUACAAUGCUGCAUAGUAGCGGUUGAUUGGAAAACUUCGUUCUUUAUUACUUGACCGGUGGAGAUGAAUACUUACUUAUCUAUAUUCAACUUCUAAAAAAUGAGGUG